UCUCCUGCACUGUCUAGCCCAAAGCAUUUUAGGUUCACUACUGGAGUUGGCGGUCUUCUUUUUAGGUGUCCUCUCUCAAAGCACACCACUAAUGAUCCAUCUAAGCUUACAAAUUCAAAGUCUUUACACUCAGCCGACGCAGUUCUUCCCUGUCUGAAUAGGUCAGAUCUUCGCUCAGCUAAUGUAACUUCAGAAUAUCUGACUCAGAUAUUGACUAAUCUCAGCCUUGUUGGCAGAGUCAGCACUAAAGUAAAGUGUCCUUUGAUUUUAUCAAAGCUUGCUGAGAUUCCUGAAAGUGCGUCGAUCAAAGAAAAAGAAGCCUUGCUGCGCACAAUCUUUUUGCCUCAGUUGAUUACUUUGGUGCAGACUAGCUCCCCUUUAAAGGGCCAACUAAUAUUUCAUAUACUCUUCUCAUACCCAGAUGUCCUUAAUUUCCAGUUUGGUCCUGACCUGCCAGCUGUGAUCAUCUAG